CUUCACCACUAUAUCUGUUCAUUCUGCAUCACCACUCUCCUCCCCCUGGCUCAGUGAUUCACCCUCCCAUCUUUCCUCUCACACACAAAGGAGAGCUGUUGCAACAAUGACAGACCAGAGGACAUUAUGGCGGAGAGAUAAAAGAUUUAUUUCAUAAAAAGGAUUACCAGCAGCACCAAACAUUGAUGGGACCAGAGAAAAGGGAUUUUAUUCAGAAUCUAUACAAUCAGGACUUAAGAUAUGGACUACCAAAGAUCUUCAAAGGCUUGGGCACGGCAAGUAAUCUGCUCCUUUCUCCUGUGUAGCUGGGGCUGGGUCUCUGGACAGCUACGUUAUUCUAUUGCUGAAGAAUCAGAUCCAGGGACUGUGGUAGGGAAUAUUGCCCAGGAUCUGGGGUUUAAUCGUGUGGAUUUGAUUAAGCGUAGGCUUCAUUUAGGUACAGAAGCAGGAGGCAGAUAUUUUAUAAUUGACCAAAAUAGACUUCUCCUUGUAAGACAAAGAAUUGAUAGAGAGGAGCUAUGUGGCUCUAUUGUAACCUGUGUGAUGCAUAUAGAGAUUAUGGUAGAAGACCCACUAGAGCUGUUUAAUCUGGAGAUCACAAUAUUAGAUAUCAAUGAUAAUUUUCCAGUAUUUCCAAUUGAUAAACAAGAAAUAAAAAUUAUAGAGCAACUUUCUAUCCCUGGUGCUCGAUUUCCAUUAGAAACGGCACAAGACCCCGAUGUGGGGGAAAACAGUGUAUACCAGUAUAAACUGAAUUCAAAUCCAUACUUUUCUCUUUCUAUCACUAAUCAUAAUGAUGGAAUUAUUCCAGAACUGGUAUUACAAAAGAUUCUAGACAGGGAAGAAAAGAAAGAGCAUAGGCUUCUCCUUACUGCCUUUGAUGGUGGAGAAAAGCCUAAUUCAGGGACUUUGCAGAUCACAGUUACAAUAUAUGACAUUAAUGACAAUGCACCAGUGUUUGCUCAAUCCAUUUAUAGCCUUCAGGUCCCAGAAAAUCUGCCUUUAAAAACUGUCAUUCUAAAACUAAAUGCAACAGAUAUAGAUGAAGGACUCAAUGGAGAAAUUGAAUAUUCAUUUCAUCGUAAUACUCUAGAUGCAGCAAGGAACAUAUUUGGCUUAAAUGCAAAGGAAGGUGAAAUAUUCAUUAAAGGAAAUGUGGACUAUGAAGAAGCACAUUAUUAUGAGUUAUCUAUAAGGGCAGUCGAUAAAGGUGUUCCAGAAAUGGAAGGGCGAUGUACUGUGCAGGUAGAAGUAGUGGAUGUGAACGAUAACAUCCCAGAAAUUAUGUAUACAUCAAAUUCUUACACAGUUCCUGAAAAUGCUCAAGAAGGAACUGUGAUUGGUUUAAUAACAGUGAAGGAUAAGGACUCUGGUAAAAAUGGAGAGGUUCAUUUAGAGGUAUCACCAGGUUUACCAUUUAAAUGCCAGCCCAUGUCACAGCGUUACGCUCUGGUCACUAGUGGACAUCUGGACAGGGAGAAGCUCUCACAAUAUACUAUCAAACUGACAGCAUCUGAUCUGGGUUCUCCAUCUCUCAGCAGCCAGAUUACAAUCAGCCUUAAUAUCUCUGAUGUUAAUGAUAAUCCUCCAGCAUUUCUACACAAUGUCUACAAUGCCUUCAUAGCAGAAAACAAUGAGGCCGGCAGACUGUUAUGUACAGUAUCUGCUACGGAUCUGGAUGAGGGAGCUAACGCAAACCUCAUUUACUCCAUCACUGAGAGCCAUAUCCAUGGUUCUCCUGUCUCUUCAUUUGUCUACAUUAACUCUGACACCGGAAAUAUUUAUGCACAAAGGUCUUUUGACUAUGAACAAUUCCAGGUUCUGCAGAUCACAGCAAGCGUGGAAGAUUCUGGAUCUCCAAAAUUAUUCUCUAAUGUUUCUGUCUUCAUAUUUAUUCUGGAUACAAAUGACAACUCUCCUACCAUCUUAUACCCAGAGUAUACAGGAGAGACCAUUGCUGAAGAGACCAUUCCAAGAUCUGCUGCUGCUGGCUAUUUAGUCAGUAAGGUAUCUGCAGUGGAUGUAGAUUCUGGGCACAAUGCCUGGCUCCUCUAUAGUCUUGUUCAGUCUGCCAGCCCUGCUUUAUUCCACAUCUCUGAAUACUCUGGAGAAGUCAGGACUCUCCGAGGUUUACAUGACACAGAUAAUACAGAGCAUAGACUUGUGAUAGCAGUCAGAGACCAUGGAGAACCUUCUAUGACCACUACAACUACUAUCAUUAUCAAUAUAUUAGACAAUAUUGCCCAGGAAAGUCCUAAAUCUCAAGACUUUCUUACAAAUGCCAAAUCUACUCCAGACCUCACUCUGUAUCUUAUUGUCUCCCUUGUGGCCAUCAGUGCAGUUUUUCUGGUCACAUUUACUAUCUUACUUGUCAGGUGCCUUAGAAAGAAUUAUGAUUCUGGUUGUGGAUUCUGCUUUUCUGACAAAUCACUUUCUACUACAUAUAUGGAUCAGUACAAACCAACCCUUUACCUGAACACAUGGAACAUUAAAGUACAUGGAGGUGCGGAUGGCUCCACCAGAUCCACCCUCACAGUGUUACCCUGGAUGUUUUCCUUCAGCUGAAGUUGCUGAUUUUACAUUUACAACACCGUCCAAUUUUUCUCAGAUUACUGACAUAUGCAGAGAGACAAUGACAGCCACAGGAUCAGACAAUGUUAAUGAACAAA